AUGCCUCUUACUGCGGCCGAUCAACAGCGCGUCGAAGAGUAUGAAGCCAGACUCGCGGCUUCAGGAUCCUCCAAGAUUGCUGUUCGAGUGCCCGGAGAUGCUCAAAAGCUCGGUAUCACUACCGUAGUCUGCCUCAUUUUGAAUCGCACGAUUGGGGCCGGCAUUUACGUGAGUCCAGCUCUCGUGUUGAGAGCAACAAACAGUACUGGCGUUUCGCUUGUGCUUUGGGUCAUUGGUGCCAUCUUCGGGGUUUGCGGCGUGCUCAUCUGGCUCGAGUUUGGGCUCAAUGUUCCUAAAUACGAGCCCUCCAAGAUUUCCCCCGAACUCUGCUCGGAUGGAGAGGGGAAAGAUGGACCGCGAAAGGGCGUGCCUCGAAAUGGAGGCGAGAAGAACUAUCUUGAGUUUGUCUACGAGCACCCGCAAUUUCGGACGACGUGCUUGUAUGGCUUCUCUUUCGUCAUUCUUGGCAACCUUGCAGGAAAUGCCAUUGCUUGUGGCAUGUAUAUAAUGAGAGCUGCUGGCCUACCAGAUCACAAUGCAGCAAUUCGAGCACUAGCAGUUGUAGUGCUAAGUCUGGCUUGCAUUCUCCACGGCUCUUGGCGUCAAGCGGGCAUUGUCAUAAACAAUGUUCUAGCAGGCAUAAAAGUCUUGAUGCUUGUCGCAGUCAUCAUCAUUGGAUUUGCUGCUGGUGGAGGAGCUUCACUGGGCGGAAGUCUGGAUGGGAAGGCCGCAAGAAAGGAAAAUUUUGGUGGGACUUCGUUCGACAGUGCCAGGGGCAAUGUCAGCGACUACUCAGCUGCCAUACUUCUCAUUUGCUAUUCGUUUAGUGGAUUCAAACAACCGUUCUAUAUGUUGAGCGAAGUCGCUAUGCCCAAAAAGAAAUUUGCGAUCACGACCAUCUCCACAACUGUAUUCGUAGGGGUAUUGUUCUUUCUGGCAAAUGUCGCAUAUCUUUGCGCCAUCAAGAAGGGCGAUGUAGUCAAUGACACCAGAGAUAUGGCCAUCAUACUCUUUCAGGAGGCUUUUGGAAAUGAAAUCGCUCCAAGAGUCAUGUCUGGCAUGAUUGCUCUAUCGGUCCUAGGCAACAUCGUUGUCAUGACGUUCACUGCCUCCAGAGUCAAACAAGAAAUCGCUAAAGAAGGAAUCCUGCCAUUCUCAUCAUUCUUUGCCAGAAGCACCGUAACGCCUUACGCCAGGUUACAUUCCUGGCUUUCCAAGAGCGACACCAAAGAAUACCCAGAGGAGUCUCCUGCAGCCGCCUUGCUUCUCCACUGGAUCUUCGCCGUGUUCUUGGUUGGCGCAACCUCCUCGAAACCGCCUAGCGUCGCAUAUCCCCUAUUAAUCGAGCUUUACUCAUACGUACUCGUCUUAAUGGUCGGACUUGGCGUCUCUACAGGUAUCAUACUCCUACACUGGUGCAGCUUCCGAGACUUCAAGAAAAUGCAGGAUGAGUGGAAAGAGACAUCUGAUUGGACGUCGUGGGCUAGUCCUGCUGCAGCGGUUUACUACGCUACCAUCUGCGGCUACCUAAUUAUCACGCUCUUCUUGACCCCAUCCGACGGCUCCGUUUACUCAUACUCUAAAACUCACAUACCCUCCUACGUUAUCCCAACCGUUGGUCUAAGCACUCUCCUCAUGGGCUACACCUAUUAUCUCAUCUUCACGCGAGUAGUGCCAAGGAUUAAGAAAGCUACCUUGAUCGUUGAAAGGGAUCCGAUUAUCGUAAGACAGGGCGGCAAGCCAAAUGGUGCCUGGGUGCUCUUCAUGGAGGGGAUCGAUUUCUGGUGGGCAUCGAGGUCGCCCAAUGUUAAUGCAGCGUAA